GUGUGUGAUGAGAGAUCAGUAUAAGGCAGACGGAAACAAGGACUUUGUUUGGAUCAGUAUUCACCGAGGGUGCAGGAGCAUCUUUGACAGCUGGUUUAGUUUGUAAGGUAACUGCUCUGAUUCUCCGCUCAUCAGACUGUCCGUCGGCUGGUUUAUCAAGUGCUAAAGUUGAUUACUUCGUAAACAAGGAUGAAAUUAUAAAUGAAUGACUGUAAACCCUGAGCUCAUUAGCUGUGAGAGGAUCUUUAUACACUUGAUUUGUGGACGCUUGACUUUUAUCAGUACUCAUCCUUCAGAAAUGGAGACCAUAUACAGCCAAGGUGUUUGGAUGGCGGAGGCUCUUCAGCAGAGAACAAGAAGCUAUGAGGAUUUCUGGCUUGUUGCUUCUCAUAUGGGAGACCCCAAAGCUGCAGUUCUUCUGGUCUUUCCAAUUGUGUUUUAUGUACAUCGACGAACUGGCAUCGCUAUUAUCUGGGUUGCAGCUCUAUCAGAGUGGCUUAAUUUGGUUCUCAAAUGGAUCCUGUUUGGGGAGAGGCCUUAUUGGUGGAUAGGAGAAUCUAGAUUGUUCUCAAAAAACCCACCAAAUGUUCAACAGUUCCAGUCCACUUGUGAAACUGGCCCAGGCAGUCCCUCAGGUCAUGCCAUGGUCACAAGUGCUGUCUGGUGGGUGAUCGUCUCUUCCCUGGCAUCCUACUUUCAUGCUCGCACAGGCAGUAAGGUCUUAGCUGCAGUGCCGUAUCUGUUCUAUGCGGUUUUGUUGGGAUGUGUUAGUCUUUCUCGGAUCUUCAUCUUGGCUCAUUUCCCUCAUCAAGUCAUUGCAGGUCUUCUGACAGGGGUGAUACUGGGGGUUUAUCUGAACCGAACCGUGCCUGAAUUUCGCCCUCUGUCGUUCUUCCUACGCUACAGCAUGACUCUGCUCUUUGGAGCUCUUCUGCUGCACGCUGCCCUGCAAAAUAUUGGGAUUGAUCUGUCUUGGUCCAUCUCACUGGCUAAGAGGUGGUGUUCUCACUCAGAGUGGAUCCGUAUGGACACAGCUCCCUUUUCCUCUCUGAACCGUGAUGCCGGGGUUUUACUGGGCCUUGGACUUGCGCAGUAUUGGAAGCCAGGAGGAUGGGCUCUUCCCUGGAUCCCCAGGACUCUCUGUCUGGCCCUCUCGUCUAUGGCCCUUCACUACAUCAGCAGUUUUCCUCUGCCUACUGUUCCACCUCUUCUCUUCUAUUCCCUGUUCUUUCUUAAAUACACAAUUGUUCCGCUGGUUGUCAUGGUAUUAGUACCAGGAUUUGUGCAUCUUCUAACAGCGAAAACCAAGAGGGAUUAAAAGUGAAUACCACAGACA